UUUGGUCUAGAUUUCGAAGAACUGGAGGACUAUGAAUCGGACGCAGGUCUUGGAAAUGGUGGUCUUGGCCGUCUCGCUGCUUGUUUCAUGGACUCGAUGACUAACUUAAAUCUGGCUGCCACUGGCUACGGCAUACGUUAUGAUUACGGAGUUUUCGAGCAGCGCAUUGUGGAUGGUUGGCAAGUUGAAGAACCGGAUGACUGGCUUCGUUAUGGCAAUCCAUGGGAAAGGUCCAGACAAGAAUUCGCUGUGCCGGUGCACUUCUACGGUCAGGUUGUGGUGAACUCACAAGGACGGAGGCUUUGGAUCGACUGUCAAACACUGUACGCUGUCCCCUAUGAUACACCGGUCCCUGGAUAUCUCACAAACACAUGUAAUACUCUUCGACUUUGGGCUUGUAGGGCUCCGAGAAGCUUUGAUUUUUCUAUCUUCAACACCGGUGACUACAUCAAUGCUGUUUGCGAUCGAAACGUGGCUGAAAACGUGUCCCGCGUCUUAUACCCCAAUGACAAUUGCUUUGAGGGGAAAGAACUGCGACUGAAGCAGGAGUUUAUGUUGGUGUCUGCCACACUGCAAGACAUUUUGCGGCGUUUUCAGCUAAUUGAUGACAAUGGCCCUCAACGUAAUGACUUCACUCGGCUGCCGGAUAAGGUAGCCAUCCAGCUGAAUGACACCCAUCCUUCCCUGGCCAUACCGGAAUUGAUGCGGCUGUUGGUCGACGUGGCGUCUGUCGAAUGGCAUAAGGCCUGGGAAAUUGUCGUCCGCACAUUUGCUUACACAAACCACACCAUCCUACCAGAGGCGUUGGAGCGCUGGCCAGUUGACAUGUUACAUCGUGUAUUGCCGCGCCACAUGGAGAUUAUCUUCAAGCUUAACUACGACUUUCUUCAGCUGGUUGCUAAACGCUUUCCAAACGACAGUGAGCGCAUUCGUCGUAUGUCCAUGAUUGAGGAAGAACCGAUAAAAACAGUCAAUACAGCCAUUUUGUGUGUCGUCGGUUCACAUACGGUCAACGGUGUGUCAGCUCUUCAUUCGAAAAUACUCACCAAUGAAACUUUCAAAGAUUUUGCCGAGUUGUGGCCCCACAAGUUUCAGAACAAAACAAACGGAAUAUCACCUCGACGUUGGUUACUACUUUGCAACCGCAAACUGGCUUCACUGAUUUCGACCAAAAUAAAUGAAGACUGGAUAACGCAACUUUGGAGGUUAGCUGAACUCAAGGAUGAAGCUGAAUCAAAGGAUUUUCUCGAGAAGGCAUUACAGGUGAAAGCAUUUAAUAAAAGAAGGUUAGCUGCCUAUAUCCGGAAAGAAUACGGCAUCGAAAUUGACCCGAAAUCGAUGUUUGACGUUCAAGUCAAACGCAUUCACGAGUACAAACGUCAGCUGUUAAACUGUCUACACAUCAUCACCCUUUACAAUCGCAUUCGGCAAAAUCCCAGUCUCAACAUCUGUGCCCGCACAGUGAUGAUAGGAGGAAAGGCCGCCCCCGGUUACCAUAUGGCCAAACUGAUCAUAAAGCUAAUCAACAAUGUGGCGAACAUGGUGAACACGAACCCAUUAGUGAAUCGGAAAUUAAAGCCGCUUUCGAUACAACGGUUCGAAUUACCAUGCUAA